GGUCCUUUUCAACAUGUCAAGGAAGCUAUGAAGAAAGCAGUGUUGGUGUGUGAAAGAUGGGUUUCAACAUGUGAAACACUAACCUCUCAGUACUGGAAGCGCUUCCCUUCCCAUCCUUGGAAAGAUGACAAAUUUGUUCCAGAGAGAUUGUCUUUGCUUGCUACAAGACUUGAAGAGGUUUUAACACUAAGAACCGUCCAUGAGCAGUUAGUUCGCUUGCUAUCACAACAAGAGAGACAGCAACUCAGGACGUCUGAUGCCUUUGUACCAUUUGCUGGUCUGAACCCAUUACAUCAAAACCCCUACACUGAACCACUAUGGAGGGCAGCUGUAGGYCAGUAUGAAAGGGGAAUGGCUCCAGCAGAGCAGAAAAUUGCUGGGAAACUACGGCAACAAUUUAGAGAUUUAUCAGCCCAGUCUCAUCAGCUUUUACGAGAAUUUCAAAGGUACAAAGAACUAGUAAAAAGGCCAAGUAUUAGCAAAGAGCUGGCACCAGAAAGGUAGCACAAC